GAGCUGCGGGAGGAUGAGGUUGUAGUCAGUCCGGGAUCUGGUUGCCGGUGUGAGGAGACGUCCGCCCGGGUCAGUGGGCAUUGUGGCGACAGGGCAGAGAAGAGCUGCAGUCACCUAUACUAGCUGUUACUCAUUAUUAUGGCAGUGACGGCCGGCAACGCCACAGCCUUCCCCAUGAGUAACCACACCCGAGAGAGAGUGACUGUGGCCAAGCUGACUCUGGAAACCUUCUACAGCAACCUGAUCCUACAGCAUGAGGAGCGAGAGACCAGGCAAAAGAAGUUAGAAAUUGCCAUGGAAGAGGAGGGACUGGCAGAUGAUGAGAAAAGACUCAGGCGGUCACAGCAUGCGCGAAAGGAAACAGAAUUUCUGCGUCUGAAGAGGACCAGGCUGGGCUUGGACGAUUUUGAGUCGCUGAAGGUCAUCGGGAGGGGAGCGUUUGGAGAGGUGCGUCUUGUUCAGAAAAAGGACACUGGACAUAUCUAUGCAAUGAAAAUCCUCAGGAAAGCAGACAUGUUGGAAAAAGAACAGGUGGCGCACAUCCGUGCCGAGCGAGAUAUAUUGGUAGAAGCAGAUGGGGCCUGGGUGGUGAAAAUGUUCUACAGCUUCCAGGACAAAAGGAACUUGUAUCUGAUCAUGGAGUUCUUACCUGGAGGUGACAUGAUGACCUUGCUCAUGAAGAAAGACACGCUGUCAGAAGAGGAGACGCAGUUCUAUAUAGCAGAAACUGUAUUGGCCAUUGAUGCGAUUCACCAGCUGGGCUUUAUCCACCGAGACAUCAAGCCAGACAACCUUUUACUAGAUGCCAAAGGUCAUGUCAAGCUCUCAGAUUUUGGUCUUUGCACAGGGCUCAAAAAAGCUCAUCGGACAGAAUUCUACAGGAAUCUCACCCACAAUCCGCCCAGUGAUUUUACAUUUCAGAAUAUGAACUCAAAGAGGAAGGCAGAAACCUGGAAAAGGAAUCGGAGGCAGCUGGCAUAUUCUACUGUCGGGACCCCUGACUACAUUGCCCCUGAGGUCUUCAUGCAGACGGGAUACAAUAAGCUGUGUGAUUGGUGGUCGCUAGGAGUCAUCAUGUAUGAGAUGCUAAUAGGAUAUCCUCCGUUCUGCUCGGAAACCCCCCAAGAGACAUAUCGGAAAGUGAUGACUUGGAAAGAGACGCUCGUGUUUCCUCCAGAGGUGCCAAUAUCUGAAAAGUCCAAAGACUUAAUUCUCAGGUUUUGCAAUGAUGCUGAAAACAGAAUUGGCGCAAGUGGAGUAGAGGAAAUUAAAAGCCAUCCAUUCUUUGAAGGUGUGGACUUGGGGCACAUCAGGGAGAGACCUGCAGCGAUCACCAUUGAGAUAAAAAGCAUUGAUGACACGUCCAACUUCGAUGAAUUCCCCGAAUCGGAUAUCUUACAGCCAGUGCCGAACACAACAACAGAAUCAGACUACAAAUCCAAGGACUGGGUUUUUCUAAACUACACCUACAAACGCUUUGAGGGUCUGACACAGCGCGGUUCCAUCCCGUCCUACAUGAAGUCUGGGAAAUUAUGAGGAUUAUGCUGCUUCUUGGCUCGAGGGGAAAAUGGGGGGGGAGGGGGGGACCCACAAACUAUUCUCAGGUAUCUGCCAAUCUUGACUUGAUCGCCACACAGAAUCUUCUGCAUGGGACUGGUAUAGAUGCCGGGGAAAUUCUGCGGGCCUAGGAUUUCUUACAUAUGAUAGUGGCACGUUGGCAGAGCCAGCCGAAGUAUUUGUUUUGUCCUUUUUAUUUUCCCUCCUUUUAUAUUUCGUUAAGAGGGAGAUGUUUUGUUUUGAGGGUACUGGACCAAGCUUUGAGUCCCUGCCCCCCACCCCAUCGCUGUGCACUGGGGAGAAGGGGGUCCUUUUUUUUUUCUUUUCUUAAAUUCUUUUUUAAUGCUCCAUUCUCUGCACUGUGAGAACCCCCCCAGCUACACUCUGCAGCCAGUCACUGUCACACCGGCCAGUGGGAUCUGAUGACGACCGUUCCAUGACGGGAUUACAGGGAUCAUACGUGCUGUGUUUUGUUUUAAAGAGGCAGCUGCCGGUUGGAAGGGAAAGUCAUGAAUUUCAUUGUUACUACUUGUUUUUUUUUGUUUAUUUACGGUUUUAAUUUGUAUGAUUAUUUAUUCUGUGGUGUCUGGUUUGUUUUCAACCUUCAUUUCUUUUUAAUAUCUGGGUCGGGGACAGUGGAAUCUACAUCCUCCUCCUGUAAACCGCUCUCUGAAUAUUAGCAAACUGUCCAUUUACAGACCUUGCGUGUACGAGAGAUUAGAUGUUUGGUAGCGAAUGACAAGUGCGUGAAAAAUAAAAAUGAAUAAAAUAAUUCAAAGGGUAAAGUAGAGAUCUGGUUCAUAUCUAUUUUCCAGUUUACAAGUGUGACACUGAGUAACCUUUUUUUUUUUUUUUUUGCAUUAGUGAUCUGUGAUUGCUGUCAGUGAAUAGGGAUUUUCUUGUUCAUGUCCAGAGGUUGCAAACCGUUCCGUAUCAAAGUCGUUUGAACUGUAUAGAGCGGGCUCAUGAGACGGAAAUCUGAAAAUAGUUAUGAGUGUCAACAGUAGUAAAACAUAAUAAAAACUAUAUAAGGCUACUUUCACACUGGCGUUUCUGGGUCCGCUUGUGAGAUCCGUGUCAGUGGCCCAAAACGUAUCAGCCCCAAUGCA